GGGGUAAAAGGGAGUGGGAGAGGGGCGCUGGGCUGGAGGAGCCAGAAGAACCCCAAGCUGUUUCUCUGGUCCUCAGGCACACCCUCACCCUGCAAACACUGGCUCUGACCCGAAGUCAUGCGGAGCCCAGAAUAGCUUCUGGGGGCCUGAGCGUCAGAGGCUGACUUUGAGCCUGGGGACUAGCAGGAGCCUCCCCCUCCCUCUCGUCCUGUCUUUGCCUCCCCUUCUUCCUCUGUCUCUCCCGCUCCCCUCCUCAUCCCCCGUCUCCGCUUCCCUCCCACUCUCCCUCCCAAGCCCAGACCCUGCUAUACCUUCCCCAUGGGCAGCCCCUAGUCCCCAGGAGCCCGCAGACAGCCGAGGGAGGGCCCGAUGAAUAGCCUUUGUGCCAGGUUGGUUGAGGACCCAGACAAGGACCCCAGGGGGGGUCCCGGGCCACGUGGCGGGCCCAUAGUUACCAGGACGGCCUCGGGGCCCACCUUGGAGUUCUGGCGAGCUGUGCUGCUCGGGGAUGUGGCCUCUGUCUCCCGUCUCCUGGCUUCCCCCGGCUCUGGCCUCAGCCCUGAUGUUGUCUUUGACACCAGCGACCCGGAGAGAUGGAGAGAGUUCAGAUUCAACAUUCGAGCUCUGAGGCUUUGGUCUCUCACCUACGUGGAGGAGCUGACCACCCCCAUCCACGUGGCGGCCAACCGUGGCCAUGAGCAAGUCCUCCAGCUGCUGCUAAAUCGAGGAGCCCAGCCGGACGCGGCCCCUGGGGGCCGCACCGCCCUGCACGAAGCCUGCCUCUCCGGGCACCCGGCCUGCGCCCGACUCCUGCUCGUAGCGGGAGCCGACCCCGACAUCCCAGACCAGGAUGGGAGGCGUCCUCUACACCUGUGCCAGGGGCCGGAUGCCCUCCAUUGUGCCGAGUUGCUGCUGAGGUUUGGCGCCAGUGUGGAUGGGCGAUCUGAGGAAGGAGAGGAAACUCCUCUCCACGUGGCUGCCCGAGGAGGGCUGGUGGAGCUGGCCGCAUUACUCUUGAGGAAGGGAGCUUGUCCAGAUGCCCGAGAUGCCGAAGGCCGGACCCCUCUCCUGGCUGCCUGCUCAGUGUCUUUCCUUUCCCCCACUGAGGUUGAGGAAGCCACCUCUAGGUGUCUCCACCUGUGCCACCUGCUUCUCUCUGUAGGUGCUGAUGCAGAUGCUGCUGAUCAUGACAGGCAGCGGCCCCUGCAUCUGGCCUGUCGCCGUGGCAAUGUGGCUGUGGCUGAGUUACUCCUGUCCCAGGGGGUCAGCGUCAACGCCAUGGACUACGGUGGCCAUACGGCUUUGCACUGGGCCCUCCAGGGUCCACCUGCUGCCCUGCCCUGCAGCCCAGAACAAGUGGUCCGAGCUCUACUCAAUCAUGGCGCUGUCAGAAUCUGGCCCGGAGCCCUUCCCAAGGUGUUGGAGCGCUGGUGUGAAUUUCCCCGGAUAAUUGAGGUUCUGAUGAAUACCUACAGCUUUGUGAAGCUUCCAGGAGAGGCAGAGGACCUUAUUCCCCCAGAGGUCCUGAAGAAGCAUCAAGAUUUCUACUCUUCGCUCUUUGCCUUGGUGGGUCGGCCAAGAUGCCUGAAGCACCUGAGCCGCCAUGCUCUCCGAUCUCGGCUGGCUGGCUGCUUGUCCCAGGCCCUGCCCCAGUUACCGCUGCCUCCCAGCCUCCUUGGCUACCUACAGCUGGACUUUGAGGAUAUUCUCUAUUAGUGCUGGGCUUGAAGCCAGGAAGACCUGAAUACAAAUCCAGUCUUAGACAUUUAUUAGUUGUGUGACCCUGGGCAAGUCACUUAACCUGGUUGGCCUCAAUUUCCUCAUUUGUCAAUGAACUGGAGAAGCUAAUGGUAAACCACUCUAGUAUCUUUGCCAUGGAAACCCCAAAUGGGGUCCCAAAGAGUCAGCCAUGACUGAAACGACUGAACACCAAAAUUACUAACCUAUUGGAGAUUCCUGAUGAUUAAUUUGGGAAACAACAAUUCAUCUAGCCUGUCCUAUUGUAAGUUAUCACUAGAGAAGUGGGCCUGGGGCUUUGCUUCCUGGGUGCUGACAUCCAGGGAUGUGCUGCUUCCCCAAGAUAGUCCAGUGCCUGAAGAUCCCCAAGUCCUUUGUUUGCCUGCCCUUCUCUUACUAGCCAUUCUCACUCAGCCCCAGGCCACCCCCUACAAGGAUUCUGUCCCCUUCUCCCAAGGUCCCUUCUACUUCUAAGGCCUUGAGGGGUGGUAGUUUAGACUCUCUUGGUCCCUUUUCUCCAACUCUUUUAACCCAGAAGAAUUCCUAGUUGGAGCUGUGCCUCCAGACUCUAAACUAGAUAUAGAGCGCCUGAGUCUGAGCCCAGGGAAAUAGGAUGAGCCUGGAUUGUCCUGAUGGAAAAAGAUACUGAUACUGAAGCUACCUGAUGCUGGGAGGGCAGGAAGAUGCUGGUUCUGAAAAGGAAAGAGAAAGGCAGAGAGACUGUAAUAGAAAAAUGAUAGAGGACAAAAACUGAGAGAGAGCUUGGGUUUUUUGGGGGGCUACUAAGAGGGCUUUCUUUUUAUUCUACUUUCUCCAUUGCAGUGUAUCCUUUUCCCAUUGCAGUGUAUCCUGGAAUAUUCCCCUUUAAAUUCCAACUCUGGAUAUGCAUUAAAAUGUACAUUGUUGUC